CGAUUGCCAUAAACAAAAAUGCAGAACGCAGUCAGAACAAGCGAAUGGUGGAGUAGAACAUCUUAGCCUUGGGGCGCACACACACAAAUCAGUCGUAUACAUAGGCGUAGUAAUUGUUUGGGUUCUUGGAUUGGACGUGUUCCAGAGUCGGCCUUCGCUUUGGCUUGAGGAUUUUACAAAAAGCUGAACUGUGGGCGGUGGCGGCGCUGUUUUGAAUUAGCUAACAAAAUGGCGCAAGCCAUGCUUGAAGAGCCAGGCUUACCAGAUGACUUAGCAGUGUCUGUUAUUGUGGAGCCCCAACCACCAGUAAUUCUCGGUGCUGGAACAGAUACUACUACUAAUAGUGGACCCUUGCCACCAGCCGCAAUUAAAUUUGCUGUUGCGGAUUUAACGGAGACUGGCAGCGAGAGCGGCGAAGAUGCUGAUGCUGCUGGUGGAGGCGGAGCCGGUACCAGCACUGCUGCUGACGACAAUGAUGCAAGGACAUCUCCACCGCCAAAUUGCGCAAUCUGCUUGUCGCGGUGCAAGCAAAAGUGCUUCACAGACUCUUGCCUCCAUCAGUUCUGCUUCAAAUGUCUGUGCGAGUGGAGCAAGAUAAAGGCUGAAUGCCCGUUGUGCAAGCAGCCAUUCAAGACUAUAAUACAUAAUGUGCGCACCUUGGAUGACUAUGACAGAUACACCGUGCAGGCUGCUUCUAACCCACCGUUGACAGACCACGCAUCACUUCGAUUUCACAUUGUCAAUAUACGAAGACCCCGUUACGCACCCUUGGUGCAGAAUCAAGGAGUUAUGACCUCUGCCAUUGACGACAUAGAAGAUAUAGAUGCAGCCGCCGAAUCCGAGGACGGAAUUCCUACGGUUGAGCCCUUACGGGUAGUACCGUCCGCCAAUCGCUUUGAGCCCUAUCGCACUGAACUGAUGAACUAUUAUCGGCAUGACCAAGAUGCGGGAAAUUUGAGCUCAUUGAGCCAGCUCUGGCGGCGCUAUGUAUACGAUCGUAAACUUUACGCUUUGCCGGUCAGCGACAGCUUGACGGGCCAUUUCCGAGAAUGGAGCGCUCGCUUCUAUAGAGAUAAUCCUGCACAAAUGCACCGUUUAAUGCCUUGGAUACAUCGCGAUAUAAUGUGCUUGCUACGUAACACGCAACAAAAUGUUAGCCUUGUGAUGCACCUUAUGCAUGAUAUACUGCCCAUGACAAAUAUAUUGGGUCCGGCCUUCCGACGGCGUCUGUCGCCCUUUCUUGGCGAUCGCACCAGCCAUUUCAUCCAUGAGUUAUUUAACUUUGCUCGCUCGCCGUAUGACAUGAUUGGGUAUGACCGUGUCGUUCAAUACUCAGCACGUGUGGCCGAGGAGGUGGAGGUUGAUUUGCUGGAUAUUAUGUCGCCACAAUCAUCUAACGAAGAAGCCGAAGCGCCAAACCAUACAGCUGAGUCCUCUAACGAUUGGGCACCGGUCGCUCAAAGUCGAACACCUCGUCCUGCCGCCAGUGUUAUUGUGACCAAUCCAAGCGCCACACAUUCCUUUAGUGUAACGAUGGCUACUGAUGGUUCUGAACUGCCGGGCAUCUCAAUACGACGCACCACAAAUGUUGGCUCACAGACAGUAGCCAUCAAUUUAAGCAUGCGUCGCCCAGUCAACGAGGUAAUUGAGAUUGAUGAUGGCGAUGCGGCGGCAAACGCCGAAGUGGCGGCCAUCAACGACAAUAGCAACAGCAGCCAAAAUAGACGCAAUGCCGGCGCUAUGUUGCCGGUAAGUGCACACAUCGAGCUGCAGAGCAGCGACUCGGGAUGCAGCAACAGCUCCGAGGACGAUGAGUGUGUAUUCGUUCUAGAGCGUAAGCCGCCACAUUUGCGCACACCCGAGUUGGUCAGCUUGGACUCGGCAAGUGACUCGGAUGUGGUGUUUGUGGAUGAACAAAAGCCCGCAAAGUCUGCGGCCCCGACCACAGAUAACAGUAAAGGCAGCGUUGUGGAGCAGGUGGCUGCAACUAUGGCAAGUGAGCUCUUUAUGGGGCCGAGUACAUCGUCUGGUGUUUGCUCCUCGGGUAAGCACUGGAAGAAAGUGAUCGAGGAUGCGCGUUUCAUUCAUAGUAGUCGGCAAAAGCGCGCCAAUAGAAGAUUUUCGCAAAUGCCUCAUCGCUGUUUCGUGGCUGGAUCCACGGAGACAGCUAAAUCAUCCAGCCCCAGUGACAGCAGCUCUUGGACGACGAGCAGCAGUAGUUCAAGUGAGUCUGAGUCGGAUUCGGAUGUGCCCAAAAAGCGCAGUAAACGCCGGAGCAAAAAAAACAAUGGUAGCUCGCGUCCAAAAAGAAAACCAACAUCGAUAAUUAAACGACGCAAACGGGAUGCCUCCAUCAGCCAGGAUGAUGACGAUGAAAUGGACAGCAGCAGCUCAAGCAGUAGCAGCUCAUCCAGCAGUUCGAGCAGCAGCUCAAGCAGCUCUGACAGUUUAGAUAACGUGCAGUUAAGUGCACUUCGAGCAACACUAAAAUCUGAGGCGCCACUCAAUGAAAGCAACGAUGCUUCGCAAAACAGAAUGAUGCCAAAACAGGAGCAGCCAGUAGAGGAGCGAUUGUUGCUGCCCGCUGGCGAUCCUACUCCCGAUGUAGAUGCGCCCACGGCACCAAAACGACGACGUACCUGCAGCAGCAGCUUUCUUGAUGCCAAUCUGUCCUGUCGCAGCAGCACCAUAGCUAGCACCAUAAGCUUUGGCACGUCAAGGUCGUCAUCGGCACUGAGCCUAUUUAAUACAGAUGCCAACGAUGCGAACGAUCCUCUGGUGCGCGGAAGUACGGAUUCACCUCAUUUACAUCCAACAUCCGAGACUAUGGACAAUUUAAUAAUGCACAACGCUAUCGCAAGUUCUCUGAUCGAACUUUCUGGCGCAGGACAGCAGCGCACGUCUGCCGUCUUUAACGAUCAGUCUGUUGGAGUACAAGACGCCAUUAGCUUUCUGCGCAAUGCAUUGCCCAACAGCGGAAACUCGCUCGAUGAUGACGCACAUUUGUGUAUUUUUUCAGAUGCUAGCAACGAACUUACCCAUUACCGGGCGGAACCAAAUAUCGAUGUGGUCGGGGAUGCAAGUACGUUGGGCGCAGAAAUGGAGAGCAUAGAGCAAGGCGAGGCUGAUGACACAAUUACGGCAACUACCAUAUACAAUGAUGACGAUGAACGUGGCAAUGAGAAUACUAAUGAAGACUUUGGGGAUUCAACAGCUAAUGAGGCAGUUGAAAAUGAUGUCGAUAGUAAUAAUGAUGCAAAUGCUGCUGAAGACGCUGAUAUUGUAGAUUCUUCUCAAGAUAAUCCUGAUGCAGAGGCAGGAGCCACAUAAACUGAUUCUGUAGGUAUAUAAUUUGAAAAUACCUACUCUAAGUUCGAUAUAGCACCAUUCUCCCCAAUGUUUUUUUCUAUGGAGUUUUUAUUAAGAUAUUUUAAAUAAAUAAGCGCUUCUCUAUUGUUUUAAUUUGUAACACAAAAAUUGUUUACUGUAUACAAAGGAUACGGCGCAAAUUGAAUUGUAUAUGUAUGCAUAAAAUAAGCUUAUGUCACCUAUAGUUAAGUAAAAUCUUAAACUGUUAGUUUUAAGUAAUCCCGUAAGCUAUAAGUCUUUCUUUUCAUAAGAUUGCCAUUUUUCAUUGUAUAUAAAACCUAUAAAACCUAAGCAAGUAUGCAGCUUAUAUACCUAUAUAACCAUACAUAUGCGCAGCACAUACACAAGUUAGUCCACGUCGACCGGUUAAUGUACAUUCUUUCAUCCCGUACUAUUUUUACUUUGUAGUACAAUGUGGCGUUCAAAUGUAUCUUUACACAACCAAACGCACUCAUAUAAAUAAAUAUGUAUAUGAAAAACAUACUUACAUAGGCAUUUUGACGAACCUUCAUGUUCUAUAAUGAGAAAUCUUGGGCGUAUUCCUUCUCCCUAUGCCAAGAGAUCGUUGUACGCGUUUUAGGCAUAAACAUACAUAUAUAUGUGUUGUAGUAGGUUAAUAUAUGACUAUAUACAUACAUAUAAUUAUAAUAUAUGUUCAUCAUUACAUGUAAUCUAUUUGCUAUUUAGGACCUUAAUGUACUUAUAACUAAGAUGCAAACGUCAUUUGCACUGAAAAUGUUGGGUAUAUGUACAAGUUAUAAUAAGGAUGUGGCAUAGAAGCUAUCAUCUGCGACAUGCCCAUAAAUGAUGUUACAAUAUGAAUUUAGUUCUCAAAAUAUAUUACCAUACUAUUUAA